ACAUUUCAAAAGUUAAAUCCAAUUACAAAUUUCACAAAGAAAAAAAAUAAUAAAAAAUGGCAGAAACCCUAAGCCCUAAUCCAACACAAGUACACAAACAAAAACCAACCACCAUUUUUUCCCCUCCUGCCAACAACACUUUUUGUCUCGGCUCCAACGAUGACAACCUCGAACGCGCUCAGGCCCGUGCCGCACGCGCCGCCUUUAUACGCCGAAAACCGGUCACUCUUAAUAAUAACAAUGCUGAUCCUAAGGAUGAUAAAUUUUUAGGCCCUGAACAGAUUAUGGACUUGUUUCAGAACUGCAUCAAACUCGCUAGCGAAAAUAAAAUUAACCAGAAGAAUACAUGGGAGUUGGAUUUGAUUGAUCAUAUUUUCGAGAUUAUUAAAGUUGAAGAAUCAAGUAAUGUCGAGACUAAUUUCCAGAAGGCAAGUUGCACUCUGGAAGCAGGAGUUAAAAUAUACUCAAUGAGAGUCGAUUCUGUCCAUGCUGAGGCAUAUAAGGUCCUUGGAGGGAUCAAUCGAGUUGGAAUGGACAUGGAACAAGACAGUUUAGAGGAUGUCAAUGCUGCCAAUGAGCAAGUGAAGCAAACUUUGAAGAAGGAGCAGGAUCGAAAGGUGUCUCCUCUUUCAACACUGGAACAGUCAUUUGACACUCUUAACGUGAAGAAGUUUGAUGUUGGGUUUUCUGUGGAUCCUCUAUAUCAUCAAACGUCUGCCCAGUUUGAUGAAGGUGGAGCAAAAGGUCUAUUGCUUCAUAAUCUUGGAGUGUAUGGUGGGUGUCGAGUGCUUUUUGAUUCACUUGAAGUGCCUGGGAAAUGCAUGUCUUCUUCAACCCAAAGUGAUUUAGCAGAUACAAUUGACAUUUCUUAUGCCAGAGACUGUGUGGAACAAAUGGGAAUUAACGUUCUAAAGAACAAGGAAAUCACACCAAGUCUCAAGGAUCUAGUCAAUCUGUUUGACGAAAAUAGUAGAAGACCGACAGAUACCUUCUCUUAUUCCCAAAGUUCUGUGGAACAUGAUUAUGAAGCGUAUGACAACAAUGACUUUGAUGGGGGUCAAUAUGAUGAAUCUGGAACCUGGGAUUUCGAUAAUGGCCCCAAUAAUAGUGCAACUGAUGAGGGCAAUUAUUUUAGAGCGGAAGAACCCUUCAUGCCCAAUUAUCACGAGGAAAACCAUGAAUAUCUUUCUAAUGAACCUGAUGUAGAUGAAAGAUUUGGAAGAGUUGAUGACUUCAUGUUUCUAAAACUGGGCUUAACUGCCAGACAAAAUGCCUGGGCAGGUCCAGACCAUUGGAAGUAUCAGAAGGCAAAAGGUACCGAAGAUUCUCCUAAAGAAAAUGGGUCACCGAUGUCCCCAAAAAAGUCAAGGAAUAGGAAACAAGCUGAAGUGGAUAUAGAAUUUAUGAAAGCAUUGGACGAUGACAUGGGUGAUCCCUUCCUUCCUCCUAAAAAUCUUAAGUCACUGCUUUUGCCUGCAAGCAGAGAACCCUGUAACACAACACUUCCGGAAGAUUGCCACUACCAACCCGAGGACCUUGUCAAAUUGUUUCUGUUACCAAAGGUUAUGUGUUUUGGGAAGAGAGGAAGGAGACAUUCAGAUGAACCUCACCAAGUGGAGGCGAACGGAGGAGCUUUCACAUCUUGGGAUGAUGAUUGUGAAGUUGGUGACCAGUAUGAUGAUGGGAAUGCUUAUAGUGAUGUUGAGGAUUCUAGCACACUAGUCUCUCAACCACGCCAGGUAGAGAAGAUUGAAGUCCAAUAUGACAGAAGAUCCAAACAAGUUGAUGUUCAUAUAUUGAAAGAGACUCUUUGGUCAUCCAUGCAAGAAGUACAGAACUCAGCACAUGAAGAAACUUUGUCAUUCAAGAACACAUUGGCAUCUUUCCGCACUGACAAGAAGAGACCUGCUGCUGCUUCAAUUGAUGACAUCUCCCCACACCUUUGUUUCAUCUGCUUACUGCACUUGGCUAAUGAACAUGGAUUAAGUAUACAUGGCUCUCCUGACCUGGAUGACCUCAGGAUACUUCUUCCAUGUGAUCCCAACAGUCUAUAAGGGGCAGUCAGUUUUCUAACAUGGACCAAGUGUAUAUGGCUCUCCUGACCCUGACCUUAGCAUUCGUCUUCCAUAGCUGACAGUAGAAUGUGCUGUCUGUUAGCAGUCAAGCUUUUUGUUCGUCUGUUGUGCUUAACUUUUGGUUAUCUAGUAUUAGCGACUAUCUAACUAAUGAUAACAUAGGGUUUCUACCUCAUAUGCUAUUGUAACAAUGAUUGGUUGAACGAAAAAGUCCGCAUCAUCAAUAUUAUGUCAUUAUCUA